CACAUUAAUUAUAAUUAAACAAAUUUUGGCCUUUACGCGCGCAUACCAGUGAAAAGUGAAACAAUUGCCACAUAAAGAAUAUGAUAAUUAUUUGAUACACAUGUCGAUCGUGGAUAUAUGUAUAUUUGUCUGGCGUCGUCGCUGAAUUCCAACCACAAAAGAAAAAAAGUGAAAACGGCGCCAUUUCUAGAAACAAAACAAGCGUUCAAAACGAAAACCCCUCAAAAUAUUUGAAACUGCAAAUGCAAUGUAUACAUUUUAAUGUUUAUUAACGGUGAACUGGCAAGUGCAAAGCAAAAGAACUACUCAAAAAUUCGUCGAGUUGUGAAAUUAUGAACAGUGACCAAAAUGGGGCAACAAGAGCAGCAGAUAAGACUAAGGACCAGGAACAGCAAAACCCAGGACCAGGACCAGAAACUGGUGGCAGUGAAAAUGAGGAGACCACCGACACAAGUCAAUCCCAAACCCAGUCUAUUAAGUCAUCAGCCACACAGUUUAGUGUUGUUCAGCGUACGGACACCGAUGGACUGCGCAUGAGAAUCUCGGCCAUACGCCCAUUGGCCCCGCCCCCAUCUCUAAAAACGAAUUGCAAAAUGUCCACAACGACAACAGACUCCCUUAGCUGCUUCAGGCAGGAGGAGAUCACAACAAAUAAAUCAAACAAGACGAGUAAAAAAAUAAAAGUCAAGCGAAAGAAAUUGUCCCACACGGAUGCAGUUAAUCCCUCGAAAGUUAGAAAAUCAGGCGGUGUUGCCGCCGCAUCAAUGGGCGGAAUCUUUUCCUCCGAUUCGGAUGAUGAUUUGCCUCUCAAAGUGCAUCAGCAGAGAGCUCCCCGUCUGCUCCUCACGGCCAUUGCGGGCCACCAGGCGAGUGGACAAGCUCCACCGCCACCCGAUAGUAUUGGCAUAUCAUCCAGUGAUAAUGAGUUACCCAGUUUGGUACAAGCGGCCAUUAAGCGUGUAGAAAGUGAUACUGAGGACACCUCGGUGUCACUGGGAGCGACAGGGAAAUCCAAGCAUUUGCCACAGUAUCAAUCAACGCUUUUGCAGGAUUUCAUGGAGAAGACCCAAAUGCUAGGUCAACACCAAUUGGUGGGUGGUGGUGAUAGGGUAAAGCCAAAAGAGGAAACCCAACCACCUGCCAAUCCCCGCAAACGACGCGGCAGACCCAAAAAACUAAAUCCACACAUUGGCAGCAAUCUUCGUGCAGGAUCGGUGGUUACUGCUCGACCCGCAGCUGUGAAUGAGUCAGCGGACUCGGGUGUGAUCAGCACCACAAGUACAACGCAGAGCACGACACCAUCACCCAAAAUGCCCAACAGUAGUGACCCACCACAAGCGCAGGCACGAGGACUGGACAGUGCGGCUGGAAACUCCUCGACCAAGAUCGAUAUGUCAUAUCUUGAUAAGCGGAUGUAUGCCACCGAGCGUGUCCUGUAUCCCCCGCCCCGGAAUAAACGUCGACAGAUCAAGAAUCCCAAGAACAUAAAAGAUGCCGAACAAGUGGAUCCUUUGUGGCGGGAAAUCGAUGUCAACAAAAAGUUUCGAUUGCGUAGCAUGAGUGUCGGCGCCAGCGGAGGAGGAGGUGGCAGCGGACGAGGAGGUAGCGGAGGUGUUGCAUCCGCCAUUUGUAGUAAGGUUCUAGUUGCCAAUAGUGGCUACGUUUCCGACUACGGCAGUGUCCGACAUCCGCAUUCCUCUCACUCCCGGAGCAAUCAUAACUCUGGCUACAAGUCCGAUGCGAGCUGCAAGAGUCGCUACAGUGUCAAGAGCUGUGUCAGCCGUCGGAGUCGAGCCAAGAGCUGUGGCUAUCGCAGUGACUGCAAGGAGGGAGGUAAAUCGUCAAUUCGACUACGCCGGCGUCGUCGUCCGUCCACAAUGAUUGCCACCACGGCUGAUGUUGAGGAUCAGGAUAUUCUACAGCUAGCCGGGCUUUCUCUUGGCCAAAGCAGCGAGGAGAGCAAUGAAUAUAUCAGCAAACCAAGCCUUCAGAGUUUGCCCUCGACCAGUGCGAGCAAGAAGUAUGGCGAAAUCAAUCGAUAUAUAACCACUGGACAGUAUUUUAGUCGAGAACCGAAUCCAUCACAAAAUCAAAAUCAACCCGAAGCCCCUUUUAUGUCCAAGAUGCUGUUGAAUCAUCGCAAAGACUCUUCGCAGGCAGCAUCAAAUGCCCAGUCAUCAUGCCGAUUUCCGUGUAAGAUCAAAUCCAGACGCUCCUCGGCGGCCAGCAUGUGCAGCAGUUAUGUCUCCGGUGUCUCUCGCAUGCUCCGCCGGCGCCAUCGUCGCAAUAAAUCCCUGCAAAUAGAUUCCAAGCUGCUGACUGAGAUUGAGAUAUUGACCAGCACAUUCCAUGGCAGGUGUCGCAUUCAAGAGGAUCGUCUCACUGGCAGCUCUGGCAAAGAGAAACUCUUGGCCGAGGCCACCAAGCUAAAGGCCACCACACUGAAUGCUGCUGCACCGGCCUCAACUCUUGCCCAACAUUCAUUAAUUGUAAAUGGAGGAUUAUCAGGCGGACUGACUGGAGGAACCUUAACAACAGCAGCUACUACCGCCUCCUCUACCUCCUCGACGGGCAAACCUUUAAAGAGAGCAAUGAAGAAGAGGAAAUUGAGUGAACCUCUUGUGGACUUUGCUAUGCUCUCGGCCAGCGCCAAUGCCAAUGGCGAUGGUGUAGGAGGAGCAUCUAAUGCCCAAAGUAGUGGAGCCGGCUCAUCCAAGCGACGUCACAAAAAAUCUCAAGGCAGCAGCACCAGCUCCAGUCCCGAUGACCACAAAUUGCCACUAAAGAAGCGCCAUUACCUACUUACUCCGGGAGAACGACCACCGGCCGACUCAUCGAACUUCGCCAAUGGCAAACUAAACGCAGAGGCUUGGGCAGCAGCGGCAGCCACCGCAAAGACGACAGCAUCCACCAAGUCGCAGGCUCAGUUUAAUGCCCGGUCGGCCAAGUCCCUGCUAACCCCCAAGAAGCGUCACCUGCUGGAACAUCAAUCUGGUGGUGUGACCACAACAUCUGCGAGCAACUCCCCACUGAGAAUCGUAGUCGAUAGCAAUUCCUCGAUUAGUGGAGGCAAGCUACUCGACAUAAGUCCCAGUUCCUUGGGCUCGCUGAAGCAACAAAAGCGAGCAAGUGUGGCCUCCAGCAACAAACAGAAGCGUGAUCCAGCCACCCAACUUCAUUCACCUGCGCCAUCAGGGAGCGGCAGUUGUCCUCCACCUCCGCCGGGAAUCUUUGAGCCUUCCGUCGAACUUGAAAUUCAGAUUCCACUUAGCAAACUCAACGAAUCUGUCAUCAUUACCAAGUCCGAGGUGGCAUCUCCUCUGCUCUCACUGGAUAUUAAGGAGGAUACCAAAAAGGAGAUGGGUCAACGUGUCGUCGAGUCACUGCUACACAAAACUGGGGGAAACCUUCUAUUCAAACGGAAACGUAAGAAGAUCAAUCGCACCGGGUUCCCCACAGUGCGUCGAAAGAAACGAAAAGUAAGCCUGGAACAGUUGCAGACAGAAAAGUCCAGUGAGCAGAUGGAUCAGGAACAGGAGCAGCAGGAGCAGGAUCCUUUGUCCCGCGAGACACGCAGCACAAACAGUAAUAAUCCUGUCCAAAACUGUGAGCGUGUACCCCUAGUCGGAGAAGCGCGUGAAACCUUUGUGGCCAGAAGCAAUGCCAGAAUGACACCUCGUCUCUCUGUGGUGGCCUUGGAGCGCUUACAACGUCCCCAGACACCUUCACGCGGUCGGCCGCGUGGCAGGAAACCAAAAGACAAGCUCGAACAGGUGACAGAAUCGUCGGCUGUUGCCUCAUCUGCUCCUCCACCACCACCACCUUCUGAGAAGACGGUGGCCAAGAAACGUGGUCGUCGCCAGGUGGCCAAACCAGAGGAGGAGCAGGAGCCAGCGAUUGCCAUUCCAACGCCCGCCAAAAACAAACUGCUGGUAGAGCCCAAUAUCAAAUUGCCUGCUGGCGUGGAUCCCAACACAAAUUUCAGUUGCAAAAUUCGUUUAAAGCGAAGACGCAAUCUGGAAGAGAUCACCAGCAAGGAGAUUGUUAGUCAGGAAGAAUUGGAUAAAGAAGCGGAGGCAAAACGUCUAGAUGUCAUACCCAGUGAGCAUGAUCCAUUGCCAAUGCAAGAGUGCACCUCCUCCUCCACAUUGGCGAUACAUAGUCAACAGGAUUAUGCGAGUUGCAGUGAAUCCAGUGAGGAUAAACUAUCCACAGCCUCGCGUAAUAAAAUCUCCAAACUAAAGAAGAACUAUCUGGUGGCUGGCCUUCUAUCGAACUACUACAAGCAGGCUACCAAGCCUCCGCCCGUCAAGCAUCAAGGAGGAGGCAAGGAUUCGAUUGCACCAUCGAGCGGCCAACGACUCAUGCCUCCUCCGCCGUAUUGUGAGCGUUACCAUCGGCGUACGCAAAUCGAUUUCGAAUUACCCUACGACAUUUGGUGGGCAUACACGAAUGCCAAAUUGCCGCUGCGUCAUCAGGUGCCAUCGUGGAACUAUCGCAAAAUUCGCACAAACGUCUAUGCCGAGUCAGUGCGUCCCAAUUUGGCGGGUUUCGAUCAUCCCGUGUGUAAUUGCAAGGAAUCGUGCAUGGACAAUUGUCUAAAUCGCAUGGUGUACACCGAAUGCUCCGCCACCAAUUGCCCGUCCGGUGAUAAGUGUCACAACCAAAAGAUUCAUCGGCAUGAAGUUGCCCCCGGCGUGGAACGAUUCAUGACCGCCGAUAAGGGUUGGGGUGUUCGCACCAAAUUGCCCAUAGCCAAAGGCACCUACAUUCUGGAGUAUGUGGGCGAAGUGGUCACCGAAAGGGAGUUCAAGCAGCGGAUGGCGAGCAUCUAUUUGAAUGACACCCAUCAUUAUUGUCUGCAUCUGGAUGGCGGCUUGGUCAUCGAUGGCCAGCGUAUGGGCAGCGAUUGCCGCUUUGUCAAUCAUUCAUGCGAGCCCAACUGUGAGAUGCAGAAGUGGAGUGUCAAUGGCCUAUCGCGUAUGGUGCUCUUUGCCAAGCGACAAAUUAGGCAGGGCGAGGAAUUAACCUAUGACUACAACUUCUCGCUGUUUAAUCCUUCCGAGGGACAACCCUGCCGUUGUGGUAUGCCCCAGUGUCGUGGUGUAAUCGGUGGCAAAUCGCAGCGUGUCAAGCCAUUGCCACCCAUUGCUGCCGUCUCUGCGGAUGCUUCGCCCCAACGCGGUGGACGCCAGCGCAAGCAUAAGGCCAAAAAACACCCCCAAAAGGGUGGAACGGCUGCAGGAGGAUCCGGAUCAAUGCCCUUGGUCAACAAAUUGGUCCAGCAAUUGUCGGAGCGGGAACGUAAAUUGGCCAAGCAGUUCAAUGUAUUUCUGGUGAGGAAUUACGAAAAGAUUCGCCGUUACAAAGUGAAACGCUCGCACAAAGCUUCAAGUGCAAUUGGUGCUUCUGCUGCGUCCACAUCGCAGGGCUCUCUGGGCGGACGUCGUCCCUCCACACCCUCAUCAAGUUCCCUUCUGGCUGCACAAAUCUCAGCUCUAUGCACGCCGAGAAACAUAAAAACUCGUGGCCUGGCUCAGGCCGUUCAAGAUCCCGAACUUGAGAAGAUGGCCAGAAUGGCUGUAGUGCUGCGUGACAUUUGUCAGACCAUCGAAGGCAUGAACAUGACGGAGAUUCUCUCCCUGUCAGCAGCUGCCUGCAAGCAGAGCAAGAGAAAGAAUGCAAAAAACACCAACUCUGCAGUAUCAUCGUCGUCGUCUAGCUCAUCCACCACGGCUGGUGCUUUGCAAGCAGGACGACUGGAAUUCAAGGGCAUUCAGUCAAUGGUAGAGCAGGGUCAUUAUAAAUCCCCUCAAGAAUUCGAUGCUCAUAUGCAGCAGCUCUUCGAUGAAGCCCGCAAAACCUACACGGAUGAUGAAAGCAAAAUUAAUCUCUUACAGUCUCUAGUCGAAUGCUAUGAGCAGCAGAAAGUUUCUAGUUAUGAGCAACUGGUCGAGAUUCUGGGCGAUUCUGUGGAUCUGCAUGGCUUUAAGGCUAAGCAGGUCGAGCCGCAGCCUACAGUAGAGCCAGCAAUAAAGGAAACACAGAUAACGCCUUUGCCUCCGCCUGUCGCCACCGAUGAUGAGGAUGUGAUCAGUUGCAUUUGUGGUCUCUACAAGGACGAGGGCCUAAUGAUUCAAUGCUCUAAGUGCAUGGUCUGGCAGCACACGGAAUGCACCAAAGCGGAUAUCAAUGCAGAGAAUUAUCAAUGCGAACGCUGCGAACCGCGCAAAGUUGAUCGCGAGAUACCCCUUGAUGAGUUCACCGAGGAGGGUCAUCGCUAUUAUCUCUCGCUGAUGCGUGGCAAUGACCUGCAAGUGCGUCAGGGUGAUGCUGUCUAUGUGCUACGUGAUAUUCCAAUUAAGGACAAUGAGGAGCAAAAGAAGCAUACAUAUGAGACAAUUGGCAAAAUCGAUUAUCAGGAAUGUGACAUAUUCCGGGUCGAACAUUUGUGGAAGAACGAGACGGGAAAGCGUUUCAUAUUUGGUCAUCAUUUUCUACGUCCCCAUGAGACGUUUCAUGAGCCAACGCGACGCUUCUAUCCAAACGAGGUUGUACGUGUCUCCCUCUACGAAGUGGUGCCCAUUGAGCUGGUCAUUGGUCGUUGUUGGGUUCUGGAUCGCACCACAUUCUGCAAGGGUCGACCCAUUGAAUGCCAUGAUGAAUCACAUUGUUAUAUCUGUGAGCUGCGAGUGGACAAGUCGGCUCGUUUUUUCUCAAAAACCAAGGCCAGCUAUCCAGCUUGCACCAAGAGCUACGCUUUUCGGAAAUUUCCCGAAAGGGUAAAAAUAUCGAAAACCUAUGCACCCCAUGACGUGGAUGCCUCAAUGUUGAAGACAAAAAAGCAAAAGACUGAACUAGAAGUAGCUACAACAGCGAAGCAGCAAAGGAUUACGGUUAGGGAAGGUCGACGUAGACAGCCACGAACAGCAGAACCAUCAUAUGUAGCAACCAAAUCGAUUGGAGGAGUGGGUACAUCAAAUGCUACAGCUGCUGUUCAGGUGCUUACGCCAACACUGCCUAAUGGCCAGUUGCUAAAAAGGAAACGUUCACGUUUGGAGAAUGUUUUAAUCACAAUGAAACUGAAAUGCUUGGAUGCACAAACCGCUCAGGAGCAGCCAAUUGAUUUGUCCUAUUUGCUAUCUGGCCGUGGGGCCCGACAACGUAAAACCAAUAAUAACCAAACAACAACAACAUCCGAUCUAGGCCAUAACUAGCACGAAUUAUCCAUUUCAAUAUGAAUAUAUAGUAAAUAUAUAUAUAUAUUUGUAUUUUGUA